GGCUCCAUGGAAAGACUGUGGAAACACGGAAAGCGGGGAAAUGAAGAGGGACACGUCACUCAUUGCAAGCUGAAGUGCAGAGGGGGUGGUGAGGAGAAGAGGAGCAGGGAGGCAGAGAUUUCAAAGCCUCGUCACGGAAGGACUGGGCUCAAGAGCGCAGUAUUUUCCAGUGAAACACUGCAAUGGAUCCAAAGAUGUAUUUGCAACAGGCUUGGCAACUGGUUCCUAUUACAGAUGACCCUGCAGACUUUUUCUGCUAGAAAACCUUAUUAGUGAAUAGUCAUUUGCCUUCUACAAUUCCACCUAAGAGAGGGAAGAUUGCUCAAUUUCUGUAGCAGGGGGAAGUCAAAAUCCUACGAACAGCCAUCAUGGUGACUCUUCCUCUUUUCCUCUUCUUCAUCCUCUUGCCCUUCAGUAAAUCUCAGGAGGACUUUCUGGACCAGCAUCAGAAAUGGAACUACAGAGAAGGCGCUGACAAGGUCAACAUAGAAGGCAUUAACAGCAUUACUCAGACCCUUGAGAAAUGGGGAAAUGGCAUCUUCUGGCAAAUGAAGCAUACCCUGCUGAACAACCCAAAUGCUUUACUGCCGGAGUUCUCCAGUCUCCGCCCUGUCUCUGCAGCUGUGGACAAUCUUGUGAGGGAAGUCCAGUCGAUGAGGAAAAGGCUGGAAGAGCUGAAUGAGCGCCUCAAUGUUAUCAGCAAAACUGUCCUUCCUAUCCGACUGAACGCUCUGCAGCAAAGCCAGAGGCGCGGAAAUACUCAGCUGCGGAGACUUCCAAUGCAUAGGAGAAGGUUGUAUGUUCGCAGGAGACCUCAGAGGAGUUAAUUCUCUACCAGAAAAAAAGGGAAAUCUUUAUUUUCUAACAUCUGCUUAAGCCUUUCUCAAUGGGAUGCUGCUAGAGAGAAUAAAGGACAUACAAGACAGCUUUA